GGCACCCAGAGCAGCUCGUACUGUGUCGCCGGGCUUCGCUUGUUUACAUUUUACUUUAUUGUUAAUAAAUAAAUAAAUACAUUGAUUUCGACGCAUUAAGGACAUUUUAAGUUAAAGUGUAAGAAAUGAUGAAAUUUAAGUAUGGAGUGCGGGGCAGUGCGGAUUCCCUUGAGUCCAUCACAAGCCGGAGCGCCCGUCUUAACCUCAUCUUCCAGGGAAAGAGUACUUUCACCCCUCGGUCCCAGCAGCAGAAUGGCUGCAGCAUCACUCGGGAGGGCUUGCUGGACUCUCUCUUCGUGCUCUUUCACGAGUGCAACACUCCAGAAUUAAUGAAGAUCAAACACGUUGCCAGCUUUGUUAAGAAGUACUCAGAAACCAUUAAUGAGUUGCGAGAGUUGCAGCCCAACCCCAGUGACUUUGAAGUGAGAAGCGUUGUGGGGCGGGGCAGCUUUGCAGAGGUCCAGGUGGUCAGAGAAAGAGCUACCGGCGACAUUUACGCAAUGAAAGUCAUGAACAAGCAUUCCCUGCUGUCCAAGGACAAUGUGGCGUUUUAUGAAGAGGAGCGCUGCAUCAUGGCUCGAAGCGUCAGCCCCUGGAUCCCACAUUUACAGCACGCAUUUCAGGAUAAAGACAACCUCUAUCUGGUCAUGGAAUACCUGCCUGGCGGAGAUCUUCUGGCAUUGCUGAACCGGUAUGAGGAGCACUUUGAUGAGACCAUGGCCCAGUUCUACCUGGCUGAGCUGGUGCUGGCCAUUCACAGUGUCCACCAGAUGGGUUAUGCUCACAGAGAUAUAAAACCAGAGAAUGUGCUGAUUGACCGAACAGGACAUAUAAAGCUUGCUGAUUACGGAUCUGCAGCGAGACUCGGGGCCAAUAAAAUGGUUAGCUCCAAACUGCCUAUUGGCACUCCUGAUUUCAUGGCCCCGGAAGUUCUUGCCUCGAUGAGCGGUGAUGGGAAAUCUUCCUACGGGGCUGAGUGCGACUGGUGGUCUCUGGGAGUCCUUGCCUAUGAAAUGAUUUACAUGAAGUCUCCCUUUGCAGAGGGAACAGCGACCAAAACUUUCAACAACAUCAUGAAUUUCCAGAGAUUCCUCAAGUUUCCAGGGGAGCCGAAGGUCAGCAAGCACUUCCUAGACCUGAUGCAGAGUCUGCUGUGUGGCUCGGGAGACAGAUUGACCUACCAGGGAAUCUGCUGCCACCCCUUCUUUGCUAGUGUCGACUGGAGCAACAUCCACCAUUCUCUUCCUCCCUUUGUUCCGACACUCCGAGCAGAAGAUGACACCUCCAAUUUCGAUGAGCCCGAGAACAGCUCCCGCCCGGCAGCUCCCUUGCGCCAGUUUAAUCGGACAGGCUUCCAGGGCGAGGAUCUGCCCUUUGUAGGGUUCUCUUUCAGCAAGGCGUUGACGGCUCUCACCCGAUCAGAAUCCGUGGCAACAGGACUCGACUCUCCAGCCAAGACAAACUCCAUGGAAAAGAAGUUUCAUCUUAAAAGCAAAGAAUUGCAGGACACACAGGACAAAUGUCAUAAGAUGGAACAAGAAAUCUCCCGAUUCCAGCGCAAGAUGUCCGAGCUGGAGACAGUGCUUAAAGACAAAGAUGUGGAGCUCCAGACUUCCGAGAUGCAGCGCACCAUCCUGGAGCAGGACCUGGCGACUUACAUCACAGAGUGCAGCAGUCUCAAGCGAAGCCUGGAGCAGGCGCGGACAGAGGUGUCUCAGGAGGACGAUAAAGCCCUGCAGCUGCUGCAUGAUAUACGGGAGCAGAGUAACAAAUUACAGGAAAUUAAAGAGCAGGAGUACCAGGCCCAGCUGGAGGAGAUGCAGGUUGUGAUCAGGCAGUUGGAGGAGGACCUGUCUGCGGCUCGGAGACGCAGCGACCUGUACGAAGCGGAGCUGAAAGAGUCACGCCUGACCGCAGAGGAGCUCAAACGCAAAGCCUCCGAGUACCAACACAAGAUGCAGAAGGCUAAGGAGCAGGGCAAGGCUGAUGUGGAAGAACUCUACUCAAAACUAGAAAAGACCAAUGCAGAACAGCAACUCAAAAUCCAAGAGCUACAGGAGAAACUUGCCAAGGCUGUGAAGGCCAGCACUGAGGCUACCGAGCUCCUGCAGAAUAUCCGGCAGGCGAAGGAGCGCGUGGAGCAGGAGCUGGGGAGGCUGCAGAGCCGAGAGGACACCAGCGACAGCCUGAAGAAGAAGCUGCGUGACGCUGAGGAGGGUCGUAAAUCCCUGGAGAACCAGGUGAAGAGGCUGGAGAUGGUGGAACGCAGGGAGAAUAAACUGAAGGAAGACAUCCAGACCAAAUCCCAGCAGAUCCAACAGAUGGCCGAUAAGAUCCUGGAACUGGAAGACAAUCUCCGGGAAACCCAGGCAACAGCUCAGCGCAUGGAGGCUCACUUGGUGCAGAAGGAGAGGCUGUAUGAGGACAAGAUCAAGAUGCUGGAGGCUCAGAUGAAGGUGGACCUGGCUGAUAAAGAGACGCUGGAGAGCAAGCGAGCCAGCCAUGAGGAGGAGGCCAGGGAGAAGUGCAAACUCAUCAGUGAGCAGAAAGCGAUUAUAAACGCUAUGGAUUCAAAGAUCAAGUCGCUGGAGCAGAGGAUUGCAGAACUGUCUGAAGCUAAUAAACUAGCAGCUAAUAGCAGCAUCUAUACACAGAGGAACAUGAAAGCACAGGAGGAGAUGAUCUCUGAGCUGAGGCAACAGAAGUUUUACUUGGAGACCCAGGCUGGUAAACUAGAGGCACAGAACGAUAAACUGGAAGAACACCUUGAGAAAAUGAGCCAGCAUGAACAGAUGAACAAAAACCAUCUCCAGGAGCUUGAGACCAGACUCCGUGAGAUUGGCUUGGAGCAUGAGGAGCAGAAGCUGGAGUUAAAGAGGCAGGUAACUGAGCUGCAGCUGUCCCUGCAGGAGAGGGAGGCUCAGAUCAGCAGCCUGCAGGCAGCCCGCAACGCCCUGGAGAGCCAGCUACAGCAGGCCAAGACUGAGCUGGAGGAGACGACAGCGGAGGCAGAGGAGGAGAUCACAGCACUCAGGGCACAUCGGAAUGAGAUCCAGCGCAAGUUUGACGCUCUCAGAGAAAGCUGCUCAGUCAUCACUGAUCUGGAGGAGCAGUUGAAUCAGCUGAGCCAGGAGAACGCAGAUCUGAACAGGCAGAAUUUCUACCUGUCCAAGCAGCUGGACGAGGCGACGGACGAGAGCGAGGAGAGGCUGGCGCUCAGUCAGGAUGUGGACCGCCUCCGCAGGGAGGUGGCGGACAGAGAGAUGCACCUCAACAACCAGAAACAGAACAUCGAGACCCUGAAGACGACCUGCACCAUGCUGGAGGAGCAGGUGCUGGACCUGGAGUCUCUGAACGAUGAGCUGCUGGAGAAGGAGCGGCAGUGGGAGGCAUGGAGAGGCACCCUGGAGGACGAGAAGUCCCAGUCCGAGAGGAGGACCAGGGAGAUGCAGCGGCUGCUGGAUAACGAGAAGCAGAUCAGGCUCCGAGCUGACCAGCGCAGUACCGAGUCCCGCCAGGCGGUGGAGCUGGCUGUCAAAGAACACAAGGCUGAGACCAUGGCCCUGCAGCAGGCUCUCAAAGAGCAGAAGCUCAAGGCAGAAAGCCUCUCUGACACGCUGAACGAUCUGGAGAAAAAGCAUGCCAUGCUGGAGAUGAACGCUCGCAGCCUGCAGCAGAAGCUGGAGACGGAGAGGGAACUCAAACAGAGGCUCAUGGAUGAGCAAUCGAAGCUUCAGCAGCAGAUGGACAUGCAGAAGACGCACAUUUUCCAGCUGACCCAGGGGCUCCAGGAUGCUCUUGACCAGACUGACCUCCUGAAGAACGAGCGCAGUGACCUGGAGUACCAGCUGGAGAACAUUCAGGCGGUGUACUCCCACGACAAAGUCAAACUGGAAGGGACUAUAUCUCAGCAGACAAAACUAAUUGAUUUCCUGCAGGCAAAGGUGGACCAGCCAAGCAAGAAGAAAAAGGGAAUCUUUGGUCGUCGUCGUGAGGAGCUGGGGAUGCCCUCACAGAACAACGAGCUGAAGCUGGCCCUGGAGAAGGAGAGAGCUCGCUGCUCGGAGCUGGAGGAGGCACUGCAGAAAACACGCAUUGAGCUGCGCUCUGUGAGAGAGGAAGCAGCCCAUGCCAAAGCCGUGGACCACGUGGCCCCCUCAACCCCAGCCACGGCCAGGCAGCAGAUCAUCAUGUCUGCCAUCGUCAAGUCCCCAGAGCACCAGCCCAAUCCCGUCAGCCUGCUGGCCCCGCCUUCCAGUCACCGCAAGGAGUCCUCCACACCAGAGGAGAGAAGGAGGGUCACGUUUGAAAAGUUUGGACGACGGCUGAAGGAGAGAAUGCACCAUAACAUCCCUCAUCGCUUCAAUCUGGGUCUGAACAUGCGGGCUACAAAGUGCGCCGUCUGCCUCGAUACUGUCCACUUCGGUCGCCAGGCUGCUACAUGUGUAGAAUGCAAUGCCAUGUGCCAUCCCAAAUGCGCACCUUGCCUGCCAGCCACUUGCGGUCUGCCUGCUGAAUACGCCUCCCACUUCACUGAAGCUUUCUGUCGGGACAAAAUGAACUCCCCGGGGCUGCAGCUGAAGGACCCGGCCAGUCACGUGAGGCUGGAGGGCUGGAUGAAGCUGCCGCGGAAUGGGAAGCGUGGACAGCUGGACUGGGACAGGAAGUAUGUCAUACUGGAGGGAACCAAAGUGAUGAUCUACGACAGUGAACCCAGGGAAGAGGGGUUGAGGCCAGUGGAAGAAUUUGAGCUGUGCCUCCCGGAUGGGGAUGUGACUGUGCAUGGAGCUGUGGGAGCAUCUGAGUUGCCAAACACUGCCAAGACAGAUAUUCCCUAUAUCCUGAAGCUGGAGUCCCAUCCCCACACCACAUGCUGGCCCGGACGCUCCCUGUAUUUCCUGGCUCCCAGCUUCCCAGACAAGCAGCGCUGGGUAGCUGUGUUGGAGUCCAUGGUGUCCGGAGGUCGCACCAAGCGGGAGAAGGCUGAGGCUGAUGCUGCUGAUGUUUUCCAAAGAGAGAUGCCUCUUUCCCCAUUGGUCCAGAAGCUGCUUGGAAACUCUCUGCUGAAGCUGGAGGGGGAUGACCGCUUGGAUAUCAAUUGCACCGUCCCUCUGACUGAUCAGCUCGUGCUGGUGGGCUCGGAGGAAGGGCUUUAUGCCCUGAAUGUUAUAAAGAAUUCCCUGACUCACAUCCCAGGCCUGGGCUCAGUGUUCCAGAUCCACAUCCUGAAAGAGCUGGAUAAGCUCAUCAUGAUCGUAGGAGACGAGCGGAUGCUCUGUCUGAUCGACAUUAAGAAAGUGAAGCAGUCCCUGUCGCAGUCACACUUCCCUGCUCAGCCACAACUCUCCCCCUCUGCCUUUGAAACAGUCAAAGGCUGUCACCUCUUUGCUGCUGGCAAGGUUGAGAACGGACCCUGUAUCUGUGCCGCAAUGCCAAAUAAAGUGACCAUCCUGCGCUACAAUGAGGGGCUCGGCAAGUUCUGCAUCAGGAAGGAGAUAGAAACGUCCGAGCCGUGCAGCUGUAUCCUUUUCACUGGUUACAGCAUCAUCAUGGGAACCAACAAGUUCUAUGAGAUGGAGAUGAAGCAGUACCUGCUGGAAGAAUUCCUGGAUAAGAAUGACCCGAGUCUGGCUUCAGCCAUCUUUGCAGCUUCCUCUCACAGCUUUCCCAUCGCCAUCAUGCAAGUGAACAGCACCGGCCAGAAGGAGGAAUAUCUGCUGUGUUUCCAUGAGUUCGGGGUGUUUGUGGAUUCCUACGGCAGAAGAAGCCGCACUGAUGACAUCAAGUGGAGUCGCCUGCCUUUGGCAUUCGCCUACAGGGACCCGUAUCUGUUUGUGACUCAUUUCAAUUCUCUGGAGGUGAUUGAGAUUCAGGGCCGCACUGCUGUAGGUACCCCUGCCCACGCUUAUCUGGAGAUCCCUAACCCGCGAUACCUGGGCCCCGCCAUCUCGGGAGGUGCCAUCUACCUGGCCUCGUCCUAUCAGAACAAGCUGAGGGUCAUCUGCUGCAAGGGGAACCUGGUGAAGGAGAGCUCGGCCGAGCAGCAGAAAGGCGGGGCGUCCAGCCGCAGCAGCCCAAACAAAAGAGGUCCUCCGUCGUACAAUGAGCACAUAUCCAAGCGGCUGGCGUCCGAUCCGGCACAGGAAUGCCGGCCCCGGGAGCCCAGCACCCCGCACAGGUACCGGGAGGGACGCACGGAAUUCCGCCGGGACAAAUCCCCGGCACGGCCCCUGGACAGGGAGAAGUCCCCCGGCAGGAUACUGGACAGUCGCAGGGAGAGGUCUCCUGGCAGGAUGUUCGACGACAGGGGGAGACUUCAGACCGGCUCUGUAAGGACCCCUCUGACUCCUGUCAACAAGGUGUGGGAUCAGUCUUCAGUGUGAGCACACUGUCCACUGCAGACCGCUGCUGUUUGUCCUAAACACCCCCUCACUAAAAGAAGGAAGCUGUGAUUCUCCCCCGGCCCAUCCCGGAGCCACAAGACCACGCUAAUUACUGCACUUCAUACACUUGAGGGUGCAGCAAAUAUUCCAUGUAUAUCACUUGGGAAAACCGUCCAUUCAGAGUACAGGACUGUUUUUACUUUCAGCUCACCAUACAGCUCCAUGUAAUCCCGAAAACUGUAUUUUGAUGCAAUCCGUUGUAAACGACUUCACUUGACAGCACACGGCAGCCCAGGAGUCACACUAAGCAAGUUCAAGCACACAAACUACUGUCUCCUAACAAUUCAUUAGUUCACACGUGUUUCCAGUCAAUGAAGGGGGAAUAUCUGACGAUACUGUAAAUAGUUGAUACACUUUUAUAGUCACAAAGGGAAUACUGCGCUGGUACAGCCCAGUCUAUUUUUUAUUAUAGAUUGUUUCUAAUGUAACGUCCUGUAAUGGUUUCCUGUUUAAAGAAAUCUACUAAACUGAAAGAAGAGUGUUAUUUUUUCUGUUAAUUAUUUAUAGCUUUCUCACCUUGUUGUGGUGGAUUUUCUAUUGAUCUGCACACCGGUUGUUUUUUUGUAUGUUAAGAGACUGAUCUUGUACUGGUGAAUUCUACAUCAAUUGGUAAAAGCUACCAGGUUCUGUGUUAUAAAUGAAGAAAGCUUUUUUUUUUUUUAUAAAUAAUAUUAAUAAUAAUAAUAAUAAUAAAGCUUUUGAGAGCAUACAGAAGAUGAACUGUGUAUAGCAAUUUUGGUUUUAUAAUCUAUCUAGUGCAAGUGAAUAUAUCUCUUUUUUUUUUGUUUUAAUUGUCAAUGUGUUUAAACAUGUUUAGGAAAUAGUUUUAAAUUCUAACUGCGACCUACUUUUGAGUUUCCUGAAUGCCCUUUUGGCGGCUUGGCAGACUAACGGGUUGAAGUAAAUGAUCAUUGUCGCUUGCUGCAUUGCUUAGUCUCAAUCGGGUUUCAUUUGUAAUAAACUGUUUCUGCUGUAAAUGUUUUCAAGCAAAGAAUUGAUACUGCGCUUCAAAAACAACACAUUUCAGAUACUGUCGGUCUGUCAGAACACAAGUGUCAAAGCACUACUGAGCAUGCAUCACCUAUUUGAAAUGCACAAGGAAUUAGACACCUUUGUUUAAUAUUCAAUUUCUAUUUUUGUGUUCAUGCUUUCACUAUUUCUGCCUCUGUUGUAUUCAGUUGUAGAUGUGUGUGUGCUGAAUUGGUACAUUUUUAUGUAUAAAAGAAUGGCAUUGAACAGCAGCAUUAUCUUUCUGUAUAGAUUUUUUUUUUAAUGUAACAACAUAAAACAACUAAAAUGAAGCAACACAUGUCUGUUUUUCGUGCACAUACACUUUGCACCCUCAUAUCACACAGUACAGAUGAAUGCAAUAGCUCUGGGGUGGGGGAGGGAUGACUUGCAACUCAAAUGAUACACAACAUACACAGAGUAUCAACUUAAUUUGAAAUGCAAUGAAACGGGGGAACAGUGACGUCAACACUGGGCCCUGAUUUACUGUACGCUUGCCAGAGUGAGCGUUCGUUUUCUAUAAUCGGUUUUAAAAUAAAUUCUUCUUUACCCAUAGCAUGUUAAUCUUCUCUGCUGGCUUUGUAUACAAUGAUAUAGUCAAAACAAAAUGCAUGUUCGGUGUUGUGAACUCUUAGCAAAUCAGAAAGUUAACUAAACACUCACAGUCGCUUCGCAAAAAUAAUAAUGGGAAUGGACAAGUCACAUCGUUAUUUGAGCUCUGCGUUGGAGGCUGAAAAAGCAUGUUGCAAAUAUUAAUGCCUGAUUAUGUACAUGCAGCUUUGAAUUAUUUUUCAAGUAGCUGCAGUUCUCU